AAUUCCUACCCGUUGUCCCUUUAUUGUCAGCUGACCACGCCCUAACGGGACGUAUAAUCAUGCUAAAUAUUAGAAACUCCAUACUAGCUGUGAAGUAGAACUACUGCCGUCUUUUAUCAUUCAGUUAUUGUUUAACAUCCGUUUGAAAGCGAAAGGGCUGAACGAAUAUGCUCAUAGUCUCUCACUUCCUCUCUCUCUCUCUCUCUAUCUAUCGCUCUCUUUUUCAGGUGAGUAGCUCACCUUUGUGGCUCUUCAUGUGACUCCUCGGUGAACGGGGUAAAGGUGGACUGUUUUGUGCUGCCAUCUGACAACUGCCCUUUUCGGGUUGCCGGCAGUCGUCUUUUGUGUAUCGAGUGUGUCGAGUAUUUUUGUGAGGGAUACGUUUUUCAUCCAACAUGUCCAACAAUCGGACAAACUGGUCGGCAUUGUCCAGCUUGGCGCGCCAAUGGACAAUGGAGGAUGAGGAGGAGGCAGAGAGGGAGAGGAGGAGGAGGGUGAAGAGCUCAAGCAGUACCUGUGACCUGGAGUUGAACGCCACUGCGGCGGCGCCGAUCGACUAUGCCACCACCACCAGCAGCAAUGUUGUGGACUCCGCACCUGAAACAUCUCAGAGCGCCGGCAGUAUUGAGAAUAUGCAAAUGGACUUUAUGGAGAUGCUGCGUAUCCGGGAUGAAAAGCGCAGGAUGAGGCAUGUGGAGACGUUGAGGCGUCAGAAGGGGGUACGGGAGGAUGAUGCGGACGAGUCAGAGAAGGCGACGCUUUACAUUCCUAAAGAUGUCAGAUCCAAUCGUGCUGAAAACACCGACAUAGAGCAAGAAAACGGAGAACCGCCGGAGAAAGAGUCGGUUUCCAGACAUCAUUCCACACCGCCUCGGAAGUUUAUCAGUUCUGUCUCAAUCUCAAUCGACAACAGCCCCCAUUCUCCGAAUCGCACCCAGUCCCUGACAAACCCCAGACCCCACGGAGAACACUCACCCUGCCGGAGUCCCAUUUCCAAUGGACAUGCAGAGGUUUUCGAGGAGAAUGUAAACAGUUCUUCAACCAACAAUAACCCCGAACAAACUCCCAAACCUGUGUUCAUCAGGAAGAGCUCCAGGACCCUAUCAUUCAGGAUGAUGAAGAAGAAAGAAGAGGAGAAUUUUCCACUGCAGAGGAGUUCAAGUGUCAGGAUGGCAUCGAAAAAGUUUGAGACCACCACGGAUCAAGCCGCCAACGAGCAAAAAUCAUCUUUCCAGAGGAAUUCUGUGCAAAGAAUCUCAUCCAGGUCCAUCCAGGAGAAGAUGGAAAGACUAGCCGAGGCUGCACAGAAAUCAGAAACACCUCGAUCUCCAGAUGUGAGCCAACGGACCUUGUACCUGCUGGACGAGGUGUCCAGGAAGAGAGGCCUCUUUGAGAAUGAGCAGCAAACAGUAAAGCAAACAAGCUCUUCUCAACAUGAAUUUCGAGGGUCUUCAUCAGGAGUCUCAGACAGGAUCAACCGCUGGCUUGACAAGACCAACCAAAGUGGAUGUUCCUCCAGUUCCUCCACGGACUUGAAACAUGUGGACAUCACCAGCAAGCGAAGUUUAUUUGAGAACAGAAGUCACGACAGUCCCGCAAAGUCCAAACCACCUGGAAAAAUCUAAGUGAAAGAAUUCCUCAUUUGUAUUUGUUUGGUUUGUCAGUUGUGGAAAUACGGCUAAUUAGCAUCGCUUUCUCUGCUUUAUUUGUCAGAAACAUUUUUUCCAUCUUCUCUGCCAGUGUAACCAACUACUGAAAGAUUUGGAACUAAAAC